GUUAGAGAAACGCAUGUGAAUUUCAUGCGACCUCUUACCCAGGCACCUGAAGGAAAUUGUCACAGCUCUGGGAAUUGCUGCUGUGAUCCACCUCACCCAGUCUUAUGCCUGGAGAACUCUCACUGACUCGCUCCAUUCAUUCAUUCAUUCAUGCUUUCAUAAAAUAUGUUAUUUCCUAAAGUAAAACUCCAGAGCGUAUAGUUGACACGUUAAAUUCAGGAAACACCUCACUAAACCAUAGCAGAUAAGACAACGUAAUUUCUUUCAUCAGCAACUCAGCAACCUUUUCUUAUCAGACCGCAGAACUGAUCAGAAACUCCCUAAUGUGUGUUGUUUUGUGUGUGCGCUGGGACUAUGUUGCAAAGUGCAUUUUGUCUUGUGAAAUCAUGUAGGUUUUUUUGUUAGUUUUUUUGCAUCAAUCUUUAAUAACAAAUUAUAAUUCGCAUAUACUUCCUUACAAUCUGCAAGUGUGAUGUGUUGUCUUUCUAAAAUGGUAGGCAUACGCUAUGUGGGACGAAUGUAUUUCAAGACAGUCAGUGCUGCACAUCAACAUGGUGCAAAGCAGGGCCGAUUGUAGGAUCAGACCUUUAGGGGUGCUCAGCCCCCAAUGCCAAUGUGACAUGAAUACAGUGCCUCGCAAAAGUGCUAAACCCCCUUGCUUAAAUAAAUCCCUAAUUUCACUGGAUUAAUAUUUUUAUGUAUUACUAUGCGAAAUAUUGAAUGAAUGAAAAAACUAAGCAUGUCCCUUUCAUCAUGAACUACCAGCUUCAAAUGAUAAUAAACAAUAUUUUACUUUAUUUUUGUGCUGAGGUUAAAUUUAGGGGUGUUUGAGCACCCUUAAAAAGAGUCUAAAAUCGCCACUGGUGCAAAGAGUACCAAAAUUGGGGGGCAAAGCAUGUUUAGACUUUUAAUAAGCUAUUACUUGAUAUGGGGCCUGUGCGCCCUUAUUCCAAUAAUUUUAGGUCUAUUGGGCUUGUUUUAAGGAUGGCUUAUAUAUUAUAUUCUGUUACUGUGAGGUUGCUUUGGAGACAUGCCUGGUUUCAAAUCGAUACAAAUUUUAUUUAGAUCCAAUAUCAGUAAUAGUCGGCAUCAACACGUAUUUUCACAAUAAAUAAUUCAAAACUGUAGACAUUCAUAAAUAAAGCAAGUAUUUUAUUCUUUAACAUGAUCAACAAACAAACAUAACGAUUUCACUGAACUUAUGACAAAUGUUCCACAGAAACAGAAGAUCCAACAGCAGAUAAUAUAUAUCGGUUAUAGAGAGAGGUGCAUGUUCUGAUCUAAUCUGGUUGCCAGUUAAAGCAUUACUUCAACACAUGAAGGACAAGUGUGUCUAUUAGUGUUUGUGAUCAGAGGUAACAGGUAGAAGCGAUGACUUUGUGGGGACUUCUUGCUGUGUCUCUUCUGGUUCAUGAUGCUACAGCACGUUCAACAGGGUUUGUUUCACCGCGUGUUCGGAGCUCAAUCGUGGGUGGAGAAGAUGCACCGGAGGGCAGCUGGCCAUGGAUGGUCUACCUCUCUCUUGCCAACGACAAAGAGAUUUGGCCAUGUGGUGGCUCAGUCCUUAACGAGGAAUGGGUGCUGACUGCAGCGCACUGUGUUGACCCGUCACCAUUUCUGAAUUCCUCAAUUGCACGGCUGGGCACUCACGCCUUAAUAGGAGUGUCUGAGUUGUAUCGUAGAAUAUCCCGCAUCUCCUCCCACCCCGACUACAAAUCAGGCGAAGUCGAGAACGACAUUGCCUUGGUGAAGCUGGAUGAGAAGGUCACAUACUCCUCCUGGGUCUCACCUGUAGCCUUAGCUGCAGAAGAAGAUUUUUUCAACCCCAAGUCUGAGUGCUGGGUCAUUGGCUGGGGUAACGUUCAUGAAGGAAUACCGUUACAAGGCCGUAAAAUCCUGCAACAGCUGCAAGUACCUCUAAUUAAGGAUAAUCUUUGUAAGCAAGCAUAUCCUGAAUUUGUUCCCACGAUGCUAUGUGCUGGAUUCAUGGAAGGAGAGAAAGACUCCUGCCAGGGCGACUCCGGUGGCCCACUGGUUUGUCGCUCCGCUAAGAGGUUUAUCCAAGUGGGAAUCGUGAGCUUCGGAGAGGGCUGCGCACGACAGGGCUACCCAGGAGUCUACACCCGUGUGGCCAAAUAUCUAGACUUCAUCAAUGAGACUAAUACUGCAUCUUCAGAUGAAAAGAUGUAGUGGGGGGAUGUCCAUAUCAUGCUUUUUAACGCUGAACGUGUUUGCUCUCACUUAAAGACUAACUUGCAUUAAUCAUAUUGUUAUUAAAUCAUACUGUUAUUCAUGUAUCUUCCAUAAAAAGCUUUGCCCCACAUUUGCUUCUUAAUAAACAUCAUGCAUCAACCAG